AGAACAGAAGAAGAAGAAGAAGAGCCGUAGGAAAUGUUGACAAAUAAUAGAGUUUGACGUUUCACGUGAACGGUAGACGGAGCGCGAAUGUAAUUCUUGUUUGCAAUCAAUGACACCGUAGUCUUUGUACCGUAGCAUAAUUUGUCUGACUCCCAGCGUCAUCUUUUAAAUUAACCAAAUGAUUGAAUGGUACAAAAAGUUCAAUUCUGUGAUGUCGUUGAAGUGAACCUAGCAGUCUAGCGAUAGCUGUCGUCCAAGUAGGACUGGCUUUCUAGCUAUCUCCCAGAGACAUGGCGACGGAAAUGACCCACCACAACGUCUAGAUUUCGGUGAAAUCACAACGGAAAAAUCAGCGAUGUCUCAAUUUAUGGAUUCCGAAGAGAAUACGCCAUUGCUCAAAGAUGAUUCUGGCAGUGUUGACUCCCAAAAUGAUGAAUACAAGAGUAGAUGGCGGUCAAUUCGUGUAAUGUACUUCACAAUGUUUCUAAGCAGCGUUGGUUUCACUAUUGUCAUCACAUCAGUUUGGCCCUAUCUGCAAAAGAUUGAUGACAGUGCCAAUGCUAGCUUCCUGGGCUGGGUGGUGGCGGCAUACAGCUUGGGACAGAUGCUGGCGUCCCCCCUCUUUGGGCUCUGGUCCAAUCACAGACCCAGGAGAGAACCGCUGGCCUGCUCUAUUUUCAUCAACGUCGCAGCCAACAUCUACUACGUCUACAUCUGCCUGCCCACAUCUCAGAACAAAUACCAUAUGCUCAUGGCUCGAGCUUUAGUAGGUUUCGGAGCAGGGAACGUAGCUGUUGUGAGGUCCUAUGUUGCCGGAGCCACCUCGCUGAAGGAGAGGAACAGUGCUAUGGCUAAUAUCAGUGCCUGUCAAGCUCUGGGGUUCAUUCUGGGUCCAGCUCUGCAGGCCGGUUUGUCAUUUAUUGGUGAACAGGGUGUUAGCGUGAAGGUCAUUGACCUACAGCUGAAUAUGUACACCGCCCCAGCUCUACUGGCUGCCCUGUUUGGCCUCAUCAAUGUCCUGCUCGUCAUAUUAGUACUAAGGGAACACCAAGUUGAUGACUAUGGGAGACAUAUCAGAGCCAUCAAUUACGUGUCUGAAGAAAGAAUGGAUGUCAGUCAGGAAACAGAAGGGGACAUUGAUCAAAUUGCUGUUUUGACCUCCAAUAUUCUAUUUUUCAUCAUCAUGUUCAUAUUUGCAGUCUUUGAGACCAUAGCCACACCCCUAUCUAUGGAUAUGUUUUCCUGGACUAGGAAGGAUGCGGUGCUGUACAACGGUAUCAUACUGUCCUGCGUCGGCGUUGAGUCCAUCCUAGUGUUUCUAGUUGUGAAGGUUCUCUCUCAAAGGAUUGGUGAUCGUCCUGUGCUCCUUGGAGGCUUGGCCAUCGUAUUCUGUGGCUUCUUUGUCCUGCUCCCAUGGGGGAACCAUUACCCUGCAAUCCAGUGGGCAGACCUCAAGAAUAACACAGUCAUCCACGAGACCUUUGCCCCAACCCCGGUCUCCAACAGCUCCUCUGAGCCGACAGGCUGCCCCGCUGAGCAGACAUGGUGCCAGUUCACCCCCGCCAUUCACCUGGCACAGUUCAUUACCGCCGACGUCCUCAUUGGAGUGGGCUACCCGGCCUGCAACGUCAUGUCCUACACACUCUACUCCAAAAUCCUAGGGUCCAAGCCUCAGGGUGUGUACAUGGGGUGGUUGACAGCCUCUGGUAGCGGGGCCCGGACCCUGGGGCCCGUGUUCGUCUCCCAGGUGUACACCAUCCUGGGGCCACGUUGGGCCUUCAGCCUCAUCUGUUGCAUGGUGCUGGGGGCCAUACUACUCCUGGGGGCCCUCUACCACAAACUCGUCUCCUUCGCUGUGCGUCACGGCAGGAUCCUGGAGUAGCGAAUAUAGAACCCCCCCCACACCCUUUUUUUAGGUUGGGGAGUUGGGGGGGGGGGGCUUUUUGUCGACAUUUAUCCUAAAAUGAGGAGCUUUCACUAAUGAAGUUGCUGCUGGUGACAGUUUCAUAAUGCCUUAUAGUUUGUCUCUCAGGUUUGAUAUUGAAGAUGUUUGGUCAAGAACAAACGGUAUGGUCAUUUAUCUUCAGCUGAGUUCGAGACGAGAGUCGCUUCUCUAGUUGAAAAGGAGCUACUACCACUGCUAAAAAUACUGCUGUAAGUGCUACUUCACUGAGUUUGUAUGGAAAAGCCAUUUCUAAUGUGCUCUCCCUCGUCUUGAAAGUGUACUUGGCUUGUUUGGGGGGGGGACCACUGAUUUUAAACAUCGGUUAAUUUGUAACAUUUAUGUUGUAACUGAAUUGAAUAAUGGUAACUUUUAGUAUUGAAAAAAUAUGUACAUGCAUGUAGUUGAAGGGGCUGAUUCCAACAGAGUCACUGUUAUUGAAAUAAUGGAAAACCUGUUUUUAUGUGAUAUUGUGGGUAUAUAUUAAAGUAUGUUAUAUGAAGAGGUGCAACUCUUGCUUGUGAAUCUUUAAUGCAUCGACAUCGUCGAUGUUUUUGAUCUAUUAAAGUACCCAUACAUUUUGUGAAUGUUGAAUAAAAAAACAUAGCAAAUAAUAGGUUUUUAAAUUCACUAACAAGAGUCCUGCCUCUUUAUCCCAGACGGGAAGGAACAUUUCUGCCAUAUCUUGACUGGUUGUUCCUUGAAGCAGUCUUUCAUCCUGAUAAUUAUUUGCUAUCAUGAGAUUGUAGUUUUUACUAUACAAUGAUAGUGCCUACAGUAAGAAUCCAUGUUUUAUGUGAUAAGAAUAAAUGCAUGUCACAUAUCAAAAUGGACCUGUUGUAUUGAUUGAAAAAUUAAAAAGUCUAUUAUAUAUUA